AUGGUGAAAGCUGUAGUGCUCGGUGCCGCUGGUGGCAUUGGCCAGCCUUUGUCUCUCCUUUGCAAGAUGUCUCCUCUCAUCGACGUGCUUUCACUGUUUGAUGUUGUCAACAGUCCUGGUGUCGCAACCGAUCUGUCUCACAUCGCCACGAAAGCUCACGUCGAAGGCUUUGUUGCAGCCAAGGGUGAUUUCAAGGGAGAGCAGCAAGAGACUGAAGAUGCAAAGAAAGCAGCCCUGACCGGUGCAGACAUCGUCAUCAUUCCUGCCGGUGUUCCACGCAAACCUGGUAUGACUAGAGAUGACCUGUUCAAGAUCAAUGCCGGAAUUGUCAAGGAUCUUAUUACCGCCGUCGCCAAAUAUUCCCCUAAGGCAUUCAUCUUGGUCAUCUCCAACCCUGUCAACUCAACCGUCCCAAUUGCCGCCGAAGUCCUAAAAGAAGCCGGCGUUUUCGACCCCCAGAGACUCUUUGGUGUCACAACUCUUGACGUUGUCCGUGCCGAGAACUUUGUCGCCGACCUUCUCGGCCAGAAAGACUCCAGCAAAUUCAACAUCCCCGUUGUGGGUGGCCACUCCGGCAACACAAUUGUCCCACUGUUCAGCCAGACCCAGCCUCCAGUCGACUUCCCUGCGGAUAAGCUCGACGGCUUGGUCCAUCGUGUGCAGUUCGGCGGUGACGAAGUUGUCAAGGCCAAAGAUGGUGCCGGUUCUGCCACUCUGUCCAUGGCCUACGCCGGAUUCAGAUUCGCCGAAGCUGUCUUGAAAGCUGCCAAAGGCGAGAAAGGCAUCGUCGAGCCAACCUUCGUCUAUCUACCUGGCGUUGAGGGUGGUGAUGCUAUUGCUAAGGCCACUGGCACUGACUACUUUGCGGUUCCUGUUGAACUCGGCCCGAACGGAGCUGCAAAGGCCAUCAACAUCAUCUCCAAGGCCAACGACUACGAGAAGAAGCUGUUGGAUGAAGCAAUCAAGGCCCUCAAGACCAACAUCGAUGCUGGUGUUAACUUCAUCCAGAAGCCUUCCAAGUAG